UCAGGCGCUUGUGAAGGUGUUGCUGCUCCUUUCUCUAUGAAUGAAGAUUGAACUUCAUCCCAGACUGCAACUUCUUUCUUCUGUCCAAAUUUGUGUGCACCACCUGAACGAAUCAGUAGACAUGGCCAUCCAGGGAAGCCUGUGGUUUCCCAAGAGGAGGAAGCUUAUCUGAGGAGCCGCACUAGGACCACACACGGCUGUGGGUCCGACCCGGACCUGCACAUUUCGAUCCAGUGUGCCCGCUCCACACUCAACAGGCCCGACUACAACUCCAGCCCCAGGAAUCCAAUAAGGUCUUCACCUUCCUCGCGUUCCGGAAGACCCACGAGCUAGUAUUUGAUCUGAAGAUGAAGUUUCAAAAUCAACAGAUGAAGGGCUUAUGCCUGAACCAUUGACUCUCCUGCUCCUCGGAUGCUGCCUGACCCGCAGUUUUCGACUCUGAUUCUCCAGCAUUUGUGAGUCACUCAAUCCAUCGGGACUGCAACAAUUUUCGACUGUGAUCCAAUUGGUUCCUGUUUCAGUCCGUUUUCAGCAUCAGUGGGACUGGAAGAGAGACCCUACUGUUGCAGCAACGCACACAGUGUGGAGCCUGAAACAGUUAACUGGCCUGAAAAGAGGAAUUCAAGGCUGGGAGAGGACAUACACGCGUUUGUGUGCAACUGUAGCUUCGGCCAUGGAGAAACCAUGGAAGUGUGGCGACUGCGGGAAAGGUUUCCGUGUCCCGUCUGCCCUGGAGACACAUCGGCGCAGUCACACCAGGGAGAAGCCAUUCUCCUGUCCUGAGUGCGGGAAGGCCUUCAGUGAUUCCUCUGCCCUGCUGAGGCACCGGCGAGUGCACACAGGGGAGAGGCCCUUCAGCUGCCCUGAGUGCAGGAAGAGCUUCAGCGAUUCCUCCGCCCGGCUGAGGCACUUGCGGGUGCACACAGGGGAGAGGCCCUUCAGCUGCCUCAAGUGUGGGAAGGCCUUCAACGAUUCCUCCGCCCUGAUAAGGCACCAGCGGCUGCACACAGGGGAGAGGCCCUUCCGCUGCCCCGAUUGUGGGAAGGUGUUCACUCGCUCCUCCCACCUCGUGAUUCACCGGCGGGUCCACACCGGUGAGAAGCCCUUCCCCUGCCCCAAAUGUGGGAAGGCCUUCAGCGAUUCCUCUGACCUGCUGGCCCACCGGCGGGUCCACACCGGCGAGAGGCCAUUCACCUGCUCUGUCUGCGGGAAGUGCUUCACACGCUCUUCUGACCUGCUGAAGCACCAGCGUGUCCACACUGGGGAAAGGCCCUACAGCUGCUCUGAAUGCGGGAAGGGCUUUACUCAGGCAUCCCACCUGCUGACACACCGGUGGGUCCACACUGGGGAGAGGCCGUUCACCUGCCUCGAGUGCGGGAAGGGCUUUGCUGUCUCCUCCAGUCUACUGACGCACCAGCGGGUCCACACUGGGGAGAGGCCAUUUGCCUGCCCUGAGUGUGGGCAGAGGUUCACAAUGUCCUGCAGUUUGAACAAGCACCAGCGGAGGCACCAAUGCUCCCAACAAUCAGAUUCUGCCGGUAACGCUGCUGAGGGUCGCCCCCAGGACUGAACCUCCUGCCCUUUCUGACAGUGGGGGUAAUGGAAGAGUUGAUGUGAUUGAGAAGCUUCUCCCAAUGAAUCUUUGACUGAUAACAGCAUUUGUCAGGCUUUUGAAAGUCACUGUAGCUCUGUCACAGCACACAGGAGGGCUCUUUCAGACACAAUGCGUCAUGCAGAAAAUUCUCCCACAUUAGUCAAGCAAAGUUGAUGUCUUUUUAAGACAUUGUGAAACUUGAAAUGGUUCAGAAAAGGUUUGGAAGGACGUUGCCAGGGCUGCAAGGUUUUAGCUACAGGGAGAGGCUGAAUACGCUGGUACUAUUUUCCCGGAAGCUUCAGAGUCAGCCAGAAACAUCUGUUGAAUCAGGAAACAUCUCUUCCUGCAGCAGCUUCAGACAGACUGCUUGCUAAAACCAAAACCAGUGGAAAAGAAUGGGACAACUGCCCUUUCAUUGUAGAAGUAUUUUAGAAAAAAAAAGUCAAACCCUUUUCCCUGAUUGUUGCCUUAGCCAGUAUCUGUUAACCAUUAGUGAAAACCUUAAUCCUAGACGAAUGGGAAGCUGUGCCAUUUACAACCUUUUCUGAAAAUAAACCAACAACAUAAUCUUCUUAAAGGAGCAGCAUGAUCACAACAAAAAGCAGCUGAACUGAAACAUUUGAAUCAAAAGGUUAUGCAGUUAGCAGGACAAGAAACAGGUUUUCAAUUUCACCAAUCAAUUUAAAUCAACCCCAUUGGCUACCAAAAACUUAUUAAAUUUAAAUCCUAAAGUUUUGACAACAGGACCAAUCCUAUCAUAAAGAAUCCGUGCUCUCAGUCAUCUGUGUAUUAGAGAAAGCAUCAUUUAGAAAAACAGAGAAGAGCAUUCCUGACAGAGGAAUCGGAGGAGGCAUCCCCGACAGAAGAUGGCACAGAAUAUUCCGGAAGACACACAACCUGGUUGUAAUCUGAGCGAUUAAAUUCUAUUUUGUGUUAUCUGAGUGGGACAUGUAUUGAUUGGAACAGUAUACCAGAGAAUCUUGAUUUAUUCCAGAAUACUUAGUAGUUAAGAAGGAUUUAUUCCAGAAUACUUAGUAGUUAAGAAGGAUUUAUUCAGUUUGUUAGUAGCUUUGUUCAUUUGUUCACUGUGAGAG